CAAAUCAUCACGCAAUCAUUUCACCAUAAUCAUAUCAUACACUGCAUAUACAUAAACACGUAUACAAUAUAUAUACACACAUAUAUAUCUUCAUGGACCCGUCCGAGAAUUCUCAGGCGAAUAGAUCGCCGAGAUCGAGAGAGAUUCUCGGUCCGAGACCGGCGCCGUUGAGAGUCAGAAAAGAUUCCCACAAGAUAAAAAAACCGCCGCUUGCGCCGCCGCAACAGCACCAUCCUCACCAAGAAGCUCCACCGCUGCCGGCGCCACCGCCUCCGCGAGCUCCGGUGAUCAUAUACACUGUGUCGCCGAAGAUCAUACACACAAACCCUAGCGACUUCAUGACAUUGGUUCAACGUCUCACUGGCAAAACGGCGUCGUCUUCUUCCUCCUCGGGCUUUGCCACGGCGGUUAGAGGCGACGGAUCGAUAUCUCCGGCGGCUCGUUACGCCGCCACAGAGAAAGCUAAUAAUAUAUCGUCAUCGUCUUCCUCGUCUCCUCCGAUCAAGAAUCAGUCAAACAGCGAAUUAGGGUUUGCGGGAGGGAGCCGUCAAGAACAACAGUUUCCGGCGAUCGAACGGCCGAGCUUUUUCCCGGGGAUUCUAUCGCCGGGACCCACUUCCCUGCCGCCGAUAUCUCCCAACUUCUUUUCUCCGGUCACGACGAUCGAUCCAUUGACCGGUUUGCCCUUCUUCAAUGACAUAAGUUCUAUUAUUCACCAGCCAAGCCCUUCAAUACCGUCUCCUUAUUCUCUAGACCUCUUCAACAAUUUAUUUGGUUCUCAAUAGUGUUACGUACGGAGCGUAGACAUAUUUUUUAUUGGUUACCAUUAUGAUUCAAUCUCAAUCAUUAGGUUAUAGAAAUUGGUACGUUUUUAUGUGAAAAUGUAUCUUUACAAACGUCGUUGGAUUCUUUAAGCCUCUGAUGGAGAUAGAGGUUUUGAAGCUAAUUGUCAUUUUACUCAAUAAUGGUGAUUGAUGACGGCAUUGUUGGAAUUAAUUGAUGGGGGAAGCAAAUUGCAGCUGUUGUUAAUUGAU